CGGCUAAGUUUCCGUCACUCCCACCACUUUUUUGAUUGACCAAGGAAGAAGGAGAAGAAGAAGAAUCUAAAGAGAGCGAUGAAGCAUAUUUUCAAGAAGCUACACAGAGGUGGGAAUCAAGAGCAGCAGAAUCGAACCAACGAUGCAGCUCCUCCAUCCGAUCAAAAUCGGAAUCACGUUUCUGCUGCAAAUCCUCCUCAAGCAACUUCUUCUUCGGUUUCGGAGACGCUUCCGGUCACCGGAGCUACUUCUUCGAUGGCCUCUCCUUCUCCAACCGCUGCUUCGAACCGUGCGGAUUACAUGUCUUCCGAGGAGGAGUAUCAAGUUCAGUUAGCCCUAGCGAUCAGUGCUUCCAAUUCGCAGUCCAGUGAGGAUCCGGAGAAGCAUCAGAUCCGAGCGGCGACGCUUCUGAGCUUAGGAAGCCAUCAACGGAUGGAUUCAAGGAGGGAUUCAUCGGAGGUGGUGGCCCAGAGGUUAUCGAGACAGUACUGGGAAUAUGGCGUGCUUGACUAUGAAGAGAAAGUUGUCGAUAGUUUCUACGACGUGUACAGUCUAUCCACAGACUCCGCAAAGCAGGGAGAAAUGCCAUCGUUGGAAGAUCUUGAAAGCAAUCAUGGAACACCUGGCUUUGAAGCUGUAGUUGUAAAUCGACCCAUUGAUCCUUCCCUGCGUGAGUUGCUAGAGAUUUCAGAAUGCAUUGCAAUGGAUUGUCCUACUACCAGUGUUAGUGUGUUGGUACAGAGGCUGGCUGAACUUGUCACAGGGCAUAUGGGUGGAUCUGCGGAAGAUUCCAGUAUAGUAUUGGCAAAGUGGACUGACAAAAGCAGCGAGUUCAAGGCAGCAUUGAAUACUUGUGUAUUCCCUAUUGGAUUUGUAGAUAUUGGUAUCUCAAGGCAUCGUGCUCUGCUUUUCAAGGUUUUGGCAGAUAGUGUCGGGUUACCUUGUAGGUUGGUAAAAGGUAGCCACUACACAGGCAAUGAGGAUGAUGCUGUGAACACGAUAAGACUUGAAGAUGAAAGAGAGUACUUGGUUGAUCUUAUGACAGAUCCUGGGACGCUAAUACCUGCUGAUUUUGCAAGUGCUAGGGAUAAUACUGUUGAGCCAUAUAACUCAAAUGGAAACAAAUUUCCUACAGCUCAGUUGUCAAAGCUUUCAGAAGGUGAAGGCAGUAGUCAGAGUUCUUUGGCCGACAAUAGUUCUCCUUUGGGUAGAAGGACAGAGGCUGAAAAGACAGAUUCCUCAUACCCAAAGUUGGGACCACUUCGGAAUGUUGAUUUGAGCACUUCACCUUCUAGCGUAACUAGUUCUACUCAGUUGGAGAACAUUUCCUCAACAGCAAUUGCAAAAGGGAGUCGAGGAGCCAUAAAUGAUUGUUCAAGAACAAACAUGAAUAUAGUUCCAUACAAUCAGAACAGUGAGGAAGACCCAAAAAACCUUUUCGCAGACCUUAAUCCAUUUCAAAAUAAGGGAGCUGACAAGCUGUUUAUGCCCACUAAAUCAGGUUUGAAUAAUGUCGAUGAUUUUCAUCAACAGAAAAAUAAUCCUCUGGUUGGUAGAUCACCUGCACCAAUGAUGUGGAAGAAUUACAGCUGCAAUGAAGCCCCAAAGAGAAAGGAGAAUAGUUAUAUGGAAAAUCUUCUGCCGAAACUGCAACCUCGUUAUGGAAACACUCAUUCCUCACAUGCUACCUCAAGCUCCAAUGGAGCUGUUUCCUCAAAUGUGCCUUGCAGAGACAAUGUGACAUUUGUGUCACCGGUUGCUGCACCAUCAUCCUUCACAUCCACUGAAAAUUUCACACCAAGUAUAGCAGAAAAUAUGAACAGAAACACCAACAAUGAACUAGAUCUCCAGCCUAAUACUGCUGCUGUGGUACAUGGACACCAAAAGGAUGAAUCUCACAUCCAUGAUCAUAGAAAGUACACAAGUGAUGACAUAUCCACUGGGUGUGAUUCGAGGCUUAAGGAUCACGAAAGUACAAGUUCAUCUCUUGAUUCUACAUCCUACCGGAAUGAUCCUCAAGUUCUUGAUGAUGCAGAUGUUGGUGAAUGUGAAAUUCCUUGGAAUGAUCUUGUUAUUGGGGAGAGAAUAGGAUUAGGUUCCUAUGGAGAGGUCUAUCAUGCUGACUGGCAUGGCACGGAAGUUGCUGUCAAGAAAUUUUUGGACCAGGACUUCUCAGGUGCUGCUUUAGCCGAGUUCAGAAGCGAAGUACGCAUUAUGCGAAGAUUGCGUCAUCCAAAUGUUGUAUUCUUCCUUGGGGCUGUUACUCGUCCUCCAAAUCUUUCCAUCGUCACAGAGUUUCUGCCUAGAGGAAGCUUGUAUCGAAUCCUUCAUCGGCCCAAAUCUCACAUUGACGAGCGGCGCCGGAUUAAAAUGGCCCUUGACGUGGCAAUGGGGAUGAACUGCUUACACACCAGUACACCGACAAUUGUUCAUCGUGAUCUAAAAACACCAAACCUUUUGGUUGAUAACAACUGGAAUGUUAAGGUCGGUGAUUUUGGGUUGUCUCGCUUAAAGCACAAUACUUUUUUAUCCUCCAAAUCAACUGCUGGAACGCCCGAAUGGAUGGCUCCAGAAGUUCUACGCAAUGAGCCCUCAAAUGAAAAGUGUGAUGUGUACAGUUUCGGGGUAAUACUUUGGGAACUAGCAACAUUGAGAUUGCCAUGGCGAGGAAUGAACCCAAUGCAAGUAGUUGGAGCAGUUGGUUUCCAAAAUCGGCGGCUUGAGAUCCCCAAGGAACUUGAUCCUGUGGUGGGAAGGAUCAUCCUAGAAUGUUGGCAAACGGAUCCGAAUCUGAGGCCGUCCUUUGCUCAGCUGACGGAAGUGCUGAAGCCGUUGAACCGGCUUGGAACUCCAGUAAAUAUCAUUGUAGGUUCUCAUGUUUGGGUUGAAGACCCUGAAGUGGCUUGGAUUGAUGGCGAGGUUGAAAAAAUCAAUGGACAAGAAGUUGUCAUCCAAGCCACUAUUGGAAAGAAGGUCACUGCAAAGUUGUCAAAGAUAUACCCAAAAGAUGUGGAAGCUCCUGCUGGCGGUGUUGAUGACAUGACAAAGCUCUCUUACUUGCAUGAACCUGGUGUUCUUCAGAACUUGAAGAUCAGAUAUGAACUUAAUGAGAUCUAUACAUACACAGGAAACAUCCUUAUUGCAAUUAACCCGUUUCAACGAUUGCCUCACAUCUAUGAUGCCCAUAUGAUGCAACAAUACAAAGGAGCACCACUUGGAGAACUAAGUCCUCAUGUUUUUGCUGUUGCUGAUGUUGCAUACAGGGCCAUGAUUAAUGAGGGAAAAAGCAAUUCAAUUCUUGUAAGUGGUGAGAGCGGAGCAGGAAAAACUGAAACCACUAAGAUGCUUAUGAGGUACCUUGCAUACUUGGGUGGUCGUGCAGUUACAGAAGGACGGACUGUUGAACAACAAGUUCUUGAAUCAAAUCCUGUCCUUGAAGCCUUUGGGAACGCAAAAACUGUGAGGAAUAACAACUCAAGUCGCUUCGGUAAAUUUGUUGAAAUCCAAUUUGAUAAGCAAGGAAGAAUAUCUGGUGCUGCUAUAAGAACUUAUCUAUUAGAGAGGUCUCGUGUGUGCCAAAUUUCUGAUCCGGAGCGAAAUUACCACUGCUUCUAUCUUCUUUGUGCCGCACCGCAGGAGGUAAUCCAAGUGCUUGAGCUUGUCGGUAUAAGCGAUGCUCAUGAUUAUCUUGCGACAAGGAGAGCUAUGGAUAUUGUUGGAAUUAGCGAAAAGGAACAGGAAGCAAUUUUCAGGGUGGUUGCUGCAAUUCUUCAUAUAGGAAACAUCGAUUUUACUAAGGGAAAGGAAGUGGAUUCAUCAGUUCCCAAGGAUGAGAAGUCGAAAUUUCAUCUUAAAACAGCAGCAGAACUUCUCAUGUGUGAUUUAAAGGCACUUGAAGAUGCAUUAUGUAAACGUGUUAUGAUCACACCCGAGGAAGUUAUCAAGAGAAGUCUUGAUCCACAGAGUGCUGUAACCAGCCGGGACGGUCUCGCUAAGACAGUCUAUUCUCGACUGUUCGAUUGGUUGGUAGACAAGAUUAAUAAGUCGAUUGGACAAGAUGCCAAUUCUAGAUCUCUAAUUGGAGUUCUGGACAUUUAUGGAUUUGAGAGCUUCAAAACUAACAGUUUUGAACAGUUCUGUAUUAAUUUCACUAAUGAGAAGUUGCAGCAACAUUUCAACCAGGUAGCACGUUUUCAAGAUGGAACAGGAAGAGUACACAAAGAAGCAAUAGAUUGGAGUUACAUUGAAUUUGUGGACAAUCAAGAUGUUCUCGAUCUCAUAGAAAAGAAGCCUGGUGGAAUUGUUGCUCUCCUCGAUGAAGCUUGCAUGUUUCCGAAGUCAACCCAUGAAACAUUUGCAAACAAGCUUUAUCAGACUUUCAAGACCCACAAACGUUCAUCAAACCAAAACUCUCUCGAACAGAUUUCGCUGUUGCCCAUUAUGCUGGAGAAAUUUGUUGGGGCUUCCAAAUGUCCCUUUGUUGUGGGUCUUUUCCCUCCACUUCCGGAAGAAACAUCUAAAUCGUCAAAGUUUUCAUCCAUUGGUUCUCGUUUUAAGAUGCAACUCCAGCAACUGAUGGAAACAUUAAAUUCCACCGAGCCUCAUUACAUCAGAUGUGUGAAGCCUAACAAUCUUCUAAAGCCUGCCAUAUUUGAGAAUGUGAACAUCAUGCAGCAACUGCGAUGUGGUGGUGUUUUAGAGGCGAUUAGAAUUAGUUGCGCAGGGUAUCCAACUCGUAAACCUUUCUUUGAGUUCAUAAACCGUUUUGGACUUCUAUCUCCUGCUGCUUUAGAAGGGAACUUCGAUGAGAAAGUCGCAUGUCAAAAGAUCUUGGACAACAUGGGACUCAAAGGAUACCAGAUUGGUAAAACAAAGAUCUUCUUGAGGGCUGGUCAGAUGGCUGAACUCGACGCUAGAAGGGCUGAGGUGUUAAGUAGUGCUGCGAAAAAAAUUCAGCGACGGAUACGUACUCAUCAAGCUCAGAAACGGUUCAUUGUUCUGAGAAAAGCCACCAUAUCUCUUCAAGCUAUAUGUAGAGGAAGAAUUUCCUGCAAGCUUUACGAAAAUUUGAGACGAGAAGCUGCUGCUAUUCAGGAAGCAAACAAAGGCUGCCACAAUUGUUCAGGCUCAGUGGCGCUGUCACAGAGCAAUCUCAUACUACAAAAGCUUAAAAAUGGAGUAAUCCUAUCUCAGACACGAUGGAGAGGCAGACUUGCUAAGAGAGAACUUAGGAAACUCAAAAUGGCUGCAAGGGAAACGGGAGCACUUAAAGAGGCAAAGGAUAUGCUUGAAAAGAAAGUUGAGGAACUCACAUACCGUGUCCAGUUGGAGAAACGUUUGAGGGGUGACUUAGAAGAAGCAAAGACUCAGGAGAUUACGAACUUCAGAGAACGUGAAGCUGCAAAGAAAGCCGCUGAAGAAGCUCCUCCUGUUAUCAAAGAAACACAAAUCUUAGUUGAAGAUACCAAGAAGAUUGAACUGAUGACAGAGGAACUGGAUAGUGUAAAGGCUACUCUAGAAAACGAGAAACAAAGGGCUGAUGAUGCACUGAAGAAAUUCGAAGAAGCUCAAGAGUCUCUCGAAGACAAAAAGAAGAAACUGGAAGAGACGGAGAAGAAAGGUCAGCAACUCCAAGAAUCCCUGACAAGGAUGGAGGAAAAGUGCAGCAACUUAGAAUCAGAGAAUAAAGUCUUACGGGCAACAGGCUGUAGAGGUUCUGAGAGUGGUCAUCUUGCAGUGGAUGCGAGGUCAAGCUUGGAUCUGCAUAGCCAUUCAAUGAACCAUAGAGAUCCCUCAGAAGUGGAUGACAAACCACAGAAAUCAUUAAAUGAGAAACAGCAAGAAAAUCAAGAACUACUUAUCCGCUGCAUUGUUCAACACUUGGGAUUCCAGGGGAACCGACCAAUCACAGCAUGCCAUGCUAUUGAGGUUGGCUUGAGCUUCCUAGUUUUCAUAGCGCACACUCAAGCUAGUGGUGCAGCUGGGAUGGCUCCGCAGCGCCGCCGUUCAUCUUCUGCCACCCUAUUUGGAAGGAUGAGUCAGAGCUUCCGCGGGGCACCCCAAGCUCAGCAAGCACUGAUCGCCCACUGGCAAGGAAUUGUCAAGAGCCUUACAAAUUUCCUCAAUACUCUAAAAUCAAACAAUGUUCCUUCAUUCUUGGUGCGUAAAGUGUUUACACAGAUAUUCUCAUUCAUCAAUGUUCAGCUGUUUAACAGCCUUUUAUUGAGACGCGAGUGUUGUUCAUUUAGUAAUGGCGAGUACGUCAAAGCUGGCUUGUCUGAAUUAGAACACUGGUGUUUUAAGGCAACAGAUGAGUAUGCGGGUUCUUCGUGGGAUGAGCUUAAGCAUAUCAGACAGGCCAUUGGGUUUCUGGUUAUACAUCAAAAACCAAAGAAAACUCUUGAUGAGAUCAGUCAUGAUCUUUGCCCUGUAAGUGCUAAGCAUACACAGCUAUACAGGAUCAGUACGAUGUACUGGGACGACAAAUACGGCACUCACAGCGUCUCCCCGGACGUUAUAGCAAAUAUGAGGGUGCUAAUGACAGAAGAUUCGAACAAUGCUGUUAGCAACUCAUUCCUUUUGGAUGACGACUCCAGCAUCCCUUUCUCAGUUGAUGAUUUAUCAAAGUCGAUGGAGAAAUUUGAAAUUGCGGAUAUCGAACCGCCACCUUUAAUCCGGGAGAAUUCUGGAUUUAGCUUCUUAUUGCCAGUCUCUGAGUUUAACUACCGGCACAUGGCCAAUACUCUGUCACUGUACAGGACAGUCAAGAGACUUGGAAUACCAGAUGAGAGGAUUAUUCUAAUGCUGGCUGAUGAUAUGGCCUGUAAUGCUAGAAAUGAAUAUCCUGCUCAAGUUUUUAACAAUGAAAACCACAAACUUAACCUGUACGGAGAUAACGUGGAGGUAGAUUAUCGUGGAUAUGAGGUAACAGUUGAAAAUUUCUUACGGGUUUUGACUGGGCGUCAUGAGAAUGCUGUUCCAAGGUCUAAGCGUCUCCUCAGUGAUGAGGGUAGCCAUAUUCUACUGUACAUGACUGGGCAUGGAGGUGAUGAAUUUUUAAAGUUUCAAGAUGCAGAAGAACUCCAGAGCCACGAUUUGGCAGAUGCUGUAAAACAAAUGAAAGAGAAGCGUAGAUUCAAGGAGCUGAUGAUAAUGGUUGAUACUUGCCAAGCUGCCACUCUCUUUAAUCAGCUUCAAUCUCCUGGUGUUUUGGCUAUUGGUAGCAGUCUAAAAGGCGGAGAACUCAUAUUCCCAUCACCUUGAUUCAGAUAUUGGUGUUUCUGUUGUAGAUCGGUUUACAUAUUACACCUCUUGCAUUCUUUGAGAGGCUCAAUAUCUAUGACAAUGGCUUCACUUAACAGUUUAUUUAGGUCCUACGUCCGAGACUGCUAAUGUCUACUGCCUACUACCGGACUGAUCUUUACCAACCACAUCUGGUGGAGGUACCGGUCACAAAUUUCUUCGGUUCAGUUAUGGAGACCAUUCAUACUGAUUCAGCUUACAAAGCCUUCUCAAGUAAAAUCUCCAAUAGUAA